AUGUCUUAUUCUAAAAAACAUUCAUCGAAAGGUAUUGCUAAAAAUUCAGAAUGCUUAGAAGAACAAAACAUUGGCAACGAUCACUGCUUAACAGAACAGAUCAAAUUGAUCGAAUGUCUUCAAAAAGAAUAUUUUUUGGCAGAAGAACAAGGGAAUGAGCUAACUGAAACUAAUUUAGCGAAAAAGGACAAAAAACUCCAUGAUAUAAUUAAGAAACGUAGCUUACAAAAUAUUAUCGAAGGAAAUGAAGCAUUGGAUAUCAUGGCUAGAGACUAUGAAGAAAUAAUUGUGCAACAUUUGCAAUCUAUUGACAAUUUGAUGAAAAAAACAAUUUGUGUUGACGAUAUAAAUAAAUUGUUGACUAACACAAAAGUUGAACUAGCUACAGUACUACGACGGCAGAUAUUGAAUAAUAACAUUGAUAAAAUAAAUAGACUUGGCAUAUAUUAUAAUUAA